AUGGGAACAGCUGCACAAUGCAGCAACGACGGCGCAUAUUUCUUCGGUGAAGCUUACACGACGUUCUACAACUCGGCACAUGUUGUUGUAAGUUACUUUUGAUUCAUCGCUCACAAAAAAGUUUUUUUUUCGAGUCAUAAACUCAAAGUCUAACUAUGGAGUUUUCAGUUAGAAUAAGUUGAAUUCUAAAUUUUUCCAAAUAAUGCCAUGGCAAGUCAGUAAAUAAUUCAUUUUGCUGCUUAUUUUUCUUCUUAUUUAUUUCAAAGGGAUGAAUGAAGUUGUGAAAAUGAGAUUUUUUUGGUUCAAAAAAAUAUGAAAAAAAGCGGGACUCCUAUUUUUUUCAUAUUUUUAAUGAACGCGUCAUGAAUGUAUGAAAAAAAUUCCUCAUUUUUUUAAAUUUUUCAAAACAAGCAGUAAGAACUUACAGCAGAAAAUUGGAUUUCCAUCCAAAAUUCUUUCCUAUUUAGCCCCUAGGAACUAUUUUUUUAAAAAAAUUACCAUUAACUCUAAAAAUAUAAUCUUUUUUCAGGUUGCCGGUCAAGUGAUCCUACUUAUCGAAAUAUCAUUACUGUUUCUAUAUGUCGUUGUGGUGCCACUAACCGUCGGCUUUUUCGACACAGUUUCUUUUUUUCAAGUUGUCGUAGUCGGAACAAUAUGGGGCGUCACGGCUUUUGCUAUUUCAAGACAUAAACAUCAGCUUCUGAUGCCUUUCAUGGUAUUGAAGGUCAGUUAGAAAGCUGAAAAUCAGAGAGUGUUUUUCUUAUCUGAAUAAGAGAGUAGUUUUACUCUGCAGUUGGGAGUUUCUAAAAAUUGGCCAGUAUACUCACUUAAGUGGAUAAAAUCCUUGGAAAUCUCGACUUACACAAUUUCAUAGUUUUGAAGAAAAAACAUAUCAAGUUAACCCUUCAAUAACCUUUCAUAACCAUUCAAUUUUGUAAAAAUAGCUUUUUUUUUGGUAUUUGAGCUCGUUUCUCUCUAAACGAAUGAGUUGGCAGUUUGAGACAUUAAAAUCCUUUUUCCUGUAGUGGAGGCAACCUUUGGCCAAAUCUCAAAGAAUUCUACGCCGUAAAAAUGAAAUACCUUCCUUGUGAGAAACAUUUUGUUCAAAAAGUACUUACUUUACAAUUUUUUGGAAGGAUUCUAAUUUUUGCAGGCUUGUGAAAUUAUCAUGUAUGCGAUGUUCCUGGUUGUGGCGGCCGUGCUCGCAGUCAUACGAAAAUCGACGUUACUUCAGUUAAUGCAAUGGAGGAUCACCACUAUCGAUCGUUAGUUCAAUCGUUACACUCGUAUUUGUUGCCAAAGUAUCACGAAGAAAAUAGUUGCACAUUAGAAGUACUGGAAAUAGUUUUAAAUUUCGGGUGCAUACAGAAUUUUCAAAGUAAAGAAGAAUUUUCGAACUCUUGCCAAUAUAAUCGAAAUGCUUUAUUUGGUAAUAAAAUCGUUUCGAACAGCUAAAAUUACUGUCAUUGUCGUUGUCAUGAAUGAAAGUUUCAGGAUUGCGACAUGAUUAAAUUAGAGCGUAGUUUUUUGUCAGAUGCCCAGAAGCAGAAAAAUAUCUUUCAGAAAAACUGGCUGAAAACUUUUAAAACCGGUAAAAGUUAUGGAUAACGAAUUCUACCUAUUUUCGUUGUUAACAGCGAAAAAAUUUGUUAACGAGAAAAAGCUCAAGAUUUUCAGACUCCAAUCAAGGCGCGCACAUUGUUGGGCUCCUUCUUUUUUUCCUUCUCCAAAUGGUCUACAAUACCAUCGCACUGCAAACAAUUUACGACGUCUACGAGUAUUUCAGUCACAGAUCGCGUUUUCUCUUCACACAAGAAAGAAAUCAAGCAUAUCAGUACUUUUUUUGA